CUCCACAAAAAGGCCACCAGCGAUGGCCAUGUCACCUUCCUCACCAACCCACCAAGAAGCUCCGCUUCUGCGCUUCAUUUCCUUCCAUUUCUGUGCUGAAUUCUGAGUUACGCCUAUGGCUUCCACCGCCAGUCACUUCUCUCUUUCUCUCUCUACCAACCAAACGGCGAGCCCUGCAACCCCAAAACUCAGCACCAAAUCUUCUCACCUUCAUUGCUUUCAAAGUUCCCAAUUCCUAUCUCCGAGAUAUUCUAUCGAAUUGACCGGGAAAUGUGUUUCUGUGUCGACCGCGGUUCAAGGUAGGAGCCUAAAGGUGUGCGCCAAUUCGGCUCAAGUCAUGGAUCAGUUCACUACAAAGGCGGAGCAUGGAGUUCCCACGAUUGUUGAGGUCGAUUUGGGCAGUCGGAGCUAUCCGAUUUAUAUCGGUUCGGGGCUGCUUGAUAAACCUGAGCUUCUCCAGAGGCAUGUUCACGGAAAGAGGGUCCUUGUGGUCACUAAUAAUACCAUCGCACCGCUGUAUCUGGACAAAGUUGCUGAUGCUCUAACAAGAGGAAACCCAAAUAUUUCUGUUGAUAAUGUCAUUUUGCCAGAUGGUGAGCAGUACAAAGAUAUGGACACUCUAAUGAAAGUGUUUGACAAGGCCACUGAGUCACGGUUGGACCGGCGAUGUACAUUUGUAGCUCUUGGAGGUGGUGUGAUUGGUGACAUGUGUGGUUUUGCUGCUGCUGCUUUCCUGCGUGGUGUUAAUUUUAUUCAGAUUCCAACCACUGUUAUGGCUCAGGUUGAUUCUUCUGUUGGUGGCAAGACUGGGAUAAAUCAUCCACGUGGAAAGAACCUAAUUGGUGCUUUCUACCAACCUCAGUGUGUGCUUAUAGACACAGACACAUUAAAUACGUUACCAGACAGGGAACUGGCAUCAGGGUUUGCGGAGGUUAUAAAGUAUGGUCUUAUUAGGGAUGCACAAUUUUUUGAGUGGCAGGAAAAAAAUAUGCAGGCAUUGAUGGCAAGGGACCCAAGCGCACUGGCAUAUGCUAUCAAGCGAUCAUGCGAAAAUAAGGCUGAGGUUGUGUCCUUGGAUGAGAAGGAAAGUGGACUGAGGGCCACAUUGAACUUGGGCCAUACAUUUGGCCAUGCAAUAGAAACCUCAGUUGGCUAUGGACAUUGGCUUCAUGGAGAGGCUGUCGCAGCUGGCAUGGUAAUGGCUGUUGAUUUAUCACAUCGCCUUGGUUGGAUCGAUGAUUCUAUUGUGCAGCGAGUUCAUGCCAUUCUUGAGCAGGCAAACCUACCUACAGCCCCUCCUGAAAAUAUGACUGUGGAUAUGUUCAAGUCGGUAAUGGCGGUAGAUAAGAAGGUAGCUGAUGGGUUGCUAAGGCUUAUCCUUCUAAAGGGUUCUCUAGGCAAUUGUGUUUUUACUGGGGAUUACGACAGAAAAGCCCUUGACACUACGCUACACAAAUUCUGUAAAUCUUGAUCUUAUGCAUGGUUCUCUUUGUUCCAGCUUCAUGCAAUCAUAGAGCAAGUGUGCUUUUUCCAUAUGUAAUCCUGAUGUCAUUCGUGGUAUAUUGGAAAGGUCUUUCCCUACGCUGUAAAAUUAGAAAUAAAGGCAUGGUCAUGACUACUGUCUGAGUAGAUCAAAUUCUUUGUUGUUUCUUGGAGAGAUUUUGAUCACCUGAUUCUAUUUAUAGUUAUCAAGAAGCCUUAUCCAAUUUAUCAA